GCGCUCUCAGUGUAUGAGGAAACAUUCGUUUGAGCGCGUUAAUCCUAAACCAUGGGACGUUCUUUGGGGGUUCUAUGGCUCCUUUUUAUUGCAUUAGCCUUUCCUGAUGUGGGACAAAGUGUUCCGGAUGAAGUAAAAGUAGUUUAUAGUUGGGAUUAUUUUGUGUUUGAUGAUCUUCCGCAUAGUGAGUAUACAAAAGUGGGAGGAUAUGAUUAUUACUUGAAAAACUACAUUCUGCCAUCUGCAAUAUCCUACCAUGCUCCGAGUAAAUGUAUGUUUAUGCCAAUCCCACGAAGAGGACCUGGCAUUCCAGCUACUAUGGUGUACUUCAGCACAAAAUACAACACAAAGGCACCGCACCUUCGGGGAUUCCCCACGUAUGAGGACAACUACCUUCCAGGGUGGUUUGACGUGGACAAUCUUGUUGAUUCUGAGUACAAGAAUAACAUUUAUCCAGAAGACUUAAGAGUGAAGAGGCAAGCUUUCUUCCGACGUCAUGAAUAUAAGCUUGAGGGAGAUGGUGAAGAGGAUGAUGAUGAAACACGGAAGAAGCAUCAUAACAAGCAACCUGGAGUUGAAUACUACAAACCAUCAGGGCAUGGAAGUCAUCACAGCUCCCCUAGUCACAGCCAUGGCCAUCAUGGAGGUAGUUAUCACGUAUGGCAAGUACCAUUGACUGUAAAACCAACUCCACCUACAACAACAACAACUACAACAACGUAUAGUCCUAGACCAACUAUUAAGCCCACAUAUACAUACAGGCCGACUUACAAGCCUACUUACAAACCAACGUAUAAACCUGACUACGAAACUGAGUAUGAAACUGAUUAUGAACCAGAUUAUAAACCUUCUUAUAAGCCAACUUAUAAACCAACAUACAAACCUACAACGCAGAAACCAGUUUAUAAGCCUCCUUAUGAACCGACAUAUGAAAUUCCUGAAUAUGUACCUUCAUACAAACCUACGUAUAGACCUACAACUAAACCACCGUACAGCCCCACAUACAAACCAACUACAAAACCGCCGUACAGUCCUACAUACAAACCUACAACCAAACCACCAUACACCCCUUCAACUAAACCACCCUACAGUCCUACACCUAAACCACCCUAUGUGCCCCCGAGUAAACCAAAACCAACCCAACCACCACCUCCAUCCCGUGAUGUUUAUCACUUGACCUCAGUUCACUACACCUCCAUGGAUUUGAAGUGUUCCCGCCUUUAUUUCGUGGAUUCUGGUCUUCUAAUUUAUCCAAAAGGAACAGUUGUUAUCCGUCGUCCUGUUCUCUGGGCUUUUGGUAUCAAUGGCUGUGAUCAGAGCAGCUUAGAUCAAGCUCCAGUGCUGAAAGUCACAAUCCCAGAUCGUGUUGUAAACUCAGCUCAUGGAUUGGCAGGCUUCACCGUGGAUGUCUACGGAAGCUGCAAUGAGUUCGCUGUCUAUAUGGAGAAUUGCGUGGAUAACAGCAUCAUUGUCUACGAUAAUGUGAAGAGAUACUUCUGGUUCUUCAAACAUGAAACAUUCAAUCCAGGAGCUGAAAGACAAUACCUCUACGACUACAUCCCACCACAGGAUCCCUACAAUUUGGGCGUUCUGAAGUUAACACUUGGAUUGCCAGAUGAGAAUGGCUACAGGGAUGCUUACUACGCACCUGGGUCGAGCUUUGGACUCUUCAAGACUUCAACGACAAUCCUGCGAGAUAAAUCCCUAGCACCGGGUGAUCCAAAGUCCCCAGACUUUUACUACAUUGGCUACCGUGGUCCCAAUGCAGGGGCUAUGAUGGGUUUUGAUAGUCAAACCCAGGUUAUCUUCUUCGUUCACAUUUUAAACAACAGGCUAUGCUGCUGGAAUACAAAUACACCCCUUAUUGAGGACAAUGUUGUCACACUUUUUACUGGCUUAAAAUACGGAGCUGAUUUCCUUAUUGAUCCCGACAGGAAUAUCUGGUUUAUGAUGCUGAAUGUUGAUACAAAGGCAAUUAAGGAUGAUGUUGAAGUUGUCGAGGAUUACUACUACAAAAUCUAUCGUGUCAAUGCUGAUAACAUUAUCAAGGGAACAGCUUGCGAUCCAGCUAAUGUUUAAACUUUCAAUUUUGCUAUUUAUGCUGAGAUUUUUUUAUGUAAUAAAAUAACAUUUAAAUAAAAUGAACGUUUUAUUCUGUAAA